UGCACAUCUCUAUUUUCCCACUGAAUGCUUUCACUUUAUCCGUCACAAAUACAUUCCACACACUUUUCCCACCAUCACAUGUCAAUUUUCAUGCAACUGUCAGUCUGGUUUGAUUUGUGGAGUUGGUUGUUCAAUUUUUUUUCGGUCAAAAAACUUUUAACAAAAAAAAGUCUCAAAUUAUUAUUACAAAAAAAAUAUAUAAAAAUUUUCCUCUCGAAAUAAAACUAAUAAUAUCGACAUUUUUCUUAUAAAUAGAUUCAUGGUAGUAUAGUGUCUUUUGACUCAAAAUUAUAGUGAUUACAUCAGGAUAUAAAAUUUAAGAACCCAAAAGCGGAGACUUUUUUCUCGUCGAAUUAAAAAAAAAAAAAGUGCGUGUAUCUUUUUUAUUUAGCGUAGUAGUCGCUCUGCGGUGGCUUCUUUUACUUUUUUUUCGAUUCCUGUAAUCGUUUAGAAGCUGAAUUAUUCCAAAUCAGAAUACUUUUUGAAACAUCUUAAAGAUAAAUAAGAUACCACACUCUGUGUUUAACUUGAAAAUCAUUUAAAACACAAUGCCGAUUGUUGUUCUGGACAAUGGAGGUUAUGCAGCCAAAGUUGGCCUAGCAUCAGACAAUAAACCAACAAUCAUUCCCAAUUGCAUUAUGAAGGUCAAAUCUGAGAGACGAAGAGCCUUCAUUGGUCGACAAAUUGAAACUUGCAUUGAUACUUCUGGAUUAUUUUAUAUGCUCUGUUUCCAAAAAGGUCUACUAGUUAAUUGGGAUGCUCAAAAAACAAUAUGGGAUUAUAUCUUCAGUUCGGAUUGUACAAACAUCAAAUUAUCCAACAACACUUUGAUCGUAACAGAACCAUUGUUUAAUCCUUUGAGCAUUCAAGAGGUGAUGACAGAAAUACUCUUUGAGGAGUUCGAUUGUGGUGCCAUAGCUAGAACACCGACAUCCGAUUUGGCUGCAUAUAACUAUUUUGCCGACAACAAUUGCUCUGGAAAUUGCAUCAUUAUCGAUGUUGGAUACAGUUUUACUCAUGUUGUACCUUACAUUAAAGGAAAGAGAGUUAAAAAUGCCAUAAAAAGAAUAGAUGUUGGUGGGAAAGUCCUAACUAACUACUUGAAAGAACUGGUUUCAUAUAGAUAUUUAAACAUGAUGGACGAAACUUAUGUGGUUAACCAGAUUAAGGAAGAUGUUUGCUUUGUUGCUGAAAAUUUUGUUCAAACUAUGACAGAAUCAUCGAAAUCAGUUGAAGCAAAUUUUAAGAAUAAAGUUGAAUACAUUUUGCCAGAUUUCACAACAUUCAAAAGAGGUUUCAUUAAUAACAACUCUUCAAAUGCUACUGGACAGCAGAGUAUAAAUAUAUGCAAUGAGCGUUUUGUUAUUCCUGAACUUUUGUUCAAUCCUUGUGAUGUGGGAAUAAAUCAGAUGGGAAUCCCAGAAACCGUAUUAGAUGCUUUGAAAGAUUGCCCGGAGUGUUCGCAUGCAGCACUUUUGAAGAAUAUUAUUGUUAUCGGUGGCAGUUGUCUAUUUCCAGGAUUCUUAACUCGUCUGCAAAAAGAUCUUGAGAAGUUGGCUCCAGACUAUUAUGAUAUACAAGUGACCAUUCCUAAAGAUCCAAUGAGCUAUGGUUGGAAGGGAGGGAAGAAUUUUGCCAAUUCUCCGGAAUUUGAGAAAGUUGUUUUUCAACGAAGUGAAUUUGAAGAAAAUGGAUUUCAAUAUUCUUACUCUAAAUUUGAUUUAUAAUAAAUUAAAAAAAAUACUUUUUUUAUAAUUUAAUCUA